AUGAAAGCCCUGAUGAUUUCGCGUGGCGGCGGCGAAGAGGCAUGGGGUUGCCGUGGGGCGGUCUGGCCGGCAGGUGGCGGCAGAGGGCCCCGCUCUAGCGCGGACGGGCUGGGCGAAGAGGAAGCGCAGCAGCCGGUCGCCUCUCCUGCUGGAGGCGGGCGCGCUUGGAGAGCCUGCCGGAGGAGGGAGGAGGACGCCCGUUCCGCAGGCGCGGCCGCUGCCAUGCCGGACAGGGAUGUGCCAUCCUUGGUGUGCCGUUUCUACGCCCUGCAGAGUGAGCGAGUGGAAGCGUACCGCCUUUUCGAGGAAGGCCACCGGGCCUAUCUGAGGAGCGGUCCUGCCUACGACUUCAUCCGCUAUCGGCAGCUGGUGCACGAGAUCACGCUGGCCUUCAACGGCAUCUCGCAGGAAAUCCUGCAGAUCAAAGACCAGCUGGAGGGACCUUGUGGGCGCGGUGACCUGGCCCAGCAUCUGGGGCGGAUCCAGGAGAAGGAGAAGGAGAAGCUUGAGCUGACGGCCCAGCUGCAAAUUGCCAAGCAAAAUGCUCAGGACCAUCCUGGUGCGGAGGCUCACGAGCAAGAAGUGCGGGAUGUGAAGCAUAAGCUAAUUCAAACCAUCGAGGCAAUCAGCGAAAUUCUCCAGGAUUUCAAGUACGAUUCGGAGGAGAACGCCUGAUGGGACGUCCCAUGAGAUCCGCUGCGGCAAGCCGGGGUGGGGGGGUGGGAAGCUUGGGGGGGGUCCGGGGAGCUGCCCACCAGGCCUGACCCUCCACCCCCCCAGGCAGCCCGUCCUGGUCUCCUUCAUGCCAGCCUGCAUGCAGGCCCGAUGCCGUGGUGAGAAGCUCAGCGGGGUGCAGAAAUGGAGAAGCCAUGGUCCACCAGCCUCGGGGGACGCCCGUCUUCUUCCCCUCUCUACUUGGUCUCAACCGGGACUGGUUUAACUUGCGGGGAGGAGGGAGAUGGGCUGUGCCUCGGCGGUGGGCUGGAAUGAGCUUUGGUUUUUUGUUUGUUUCUCCUCAUUCAAUAAAGGGCAGGCAACGGCUUUGA